UCUCUCCUUUUCCGCACCUCCCACCCCCGUAUUUCCCUUUCUUAACCCUGUCCACCUUUUCCCCUCUUCCAACAAGUGAAGAGCGUUUUUGUUGCACGUCGUCUUUGGCGCUUUGAAUUGAGUUAUCGAUGUCUGCUGGAAUUUCUCUCCCGCGCCAUCCCCUCGUCUAUUUUGCCGUUCAGUCGGCGAUGAUGGUGCCAGAGUGCAGGUGCAGCAUGUGUUGGAGACAGCAGGGACGGUGUGUGGUGCACUAGGACCAGGGAGCGAUUCCUCUCGUCGUGUGCAUUGCAACUACAGAGGAGCUGUGGAGGAAACCCCCCCAUCGGAUCUGGCCAUUAUAUCCAUACAUUUCUUUUCCACAUCUCCACCGCGCCGCGGCUGAGUGGGGAUCGCACCAAUCAGCGAGCCUAGGAUGGUCAAGCACCCAGGAGAGGAUUAGCAGGCUAACCGAGCACUAUUUGCGUAAAAGUCAGCUGUCAGAUAUUUUUUUCGGACGGGUUAGUCGUUUGGCAGCUUAGCCCCAACUCGUUUAGAUGUUAUGUUUUAUUUGCUGUAGUAAAAUCGUAUUUUUUUUCUUCUUCUUCUACCCAUCAUCCGUUUUAUUUCAAGCGCGCAAAGUCACAUCUGCGUAGGAGAGCACUUGGCGCACUUCUUCCCCAAAGGACAGAGACAAAAAUCUCCAUUCUUCUGUUUGGAUUUAAACCGGACGAUCGGCUGAAUGGGUGACCUCGCCGAGACACAGACUAUCACGAGCUUGCACCCACUAUAUGGAAACCUGUUUUCUCCAUUGACCUGGAGUUGUGAUGUCCAAAGCCUUCCUCACUGACUGACAAACGGCGUCGUACCAUUUUUGGAAUCGAGUUGAAGGCUGUGAGGACGGGGGGAAGAUGAGACCUCCCAGCCCUCUGAUGAUCCUGCUGUACAUCACCCUGUCCAAGAGUGUAAAGGUGGUCUCUAAGAGAGGCUCAGUGGAUGGCUGUACAGACUGGUCAGUGGACUACCUGAAGUACCGGGUCCUUCAGGGUGAGCCGGUACGGAUAAAAUGUGCACUGUUUUAUGGUUACAUCCGAGCCAACUACAGCCAGGCACAGAGUGUGGGCCUUAGCCUCAUGUGGUACCGCAGCUCUGGCCUUGGCCACAGUGACUUUGAGGAGCCCAUCUCUUUUGAUGGUGUGCGCAUGAGCAAAGAGGAGGACGCAAUUUGGUUCAGACCUGCUGACCUUCAGGAUGUGGGCCUUUACUCUUGUGUCUUACGAAACUCUACAUACUGCAUGAAGGUUUCCAUGUCUCUGACUGUGGCGGAAAAUGACACAAACCUGUGCUACAACUCUAAAAUGAGACGAAUGGAGAAGGCUGAGCUCAGCAAGAGUAAAGACAUCCUCUGCCCUGACAUAGAUGACUAUGUUGAACCUGGCAAAGAGCCAGACAUCACCUGGUCCAAGGAGUGCCGUCCAAAGCAGUGGCGUGCAAGCAUCAUCCAGAAGAGAGACAUUCUGUCUAUCCAAGAGGUAACAGAAGACGACAUUGGGAAUUACACCUGCGAAGUCCAGUUUGGUGGUUUUGUGGUCAGAAGGACGACUGAACUCACAGUAACUGCUCCUUUGACGGACAAGCCACCAAAGAUCCUGUUCCCCUCGGAAAACAAGAUUAGCAAUAUGGAGCUUCAGCUCGGAAGCGCCCUGAACCUUACCUGCCGGGCAUUUUUUGGCUACAGCGGCGAUGUCAGCCCCCUCAUCUACUGGAUGAAGGGGGAGAAAUUCAUAGAGGACCUGGAUGAAGAGAGAGUCCAGGAGAGCGACAUCAAGGUCAUCAAGGAGCAUCUUGGAGAACAGGAAGUAGCCAUUUCACUAACUAUUGACUCUUUAGAGGAGGAAGACCUGGGAAAUUAUUCCUGUUAUGUGGAAAAUGGCAACGGCCGUCGCCAAGCUACCAUCCAGCUUUUCAGGCGGGAGCUCAUGUACACUGUGGAGCUGGCAGGAGGGCUGGGAGCAAUCCUGCUGCUACUCAUCUUUCUCAUCUCACUCUACAAAUGCUACAAGAUUGAGCUGAUGCUUUUCUACAGGAGGCACUUUGGCAGUGAAGAUGUAGACGGAGAAAAUAAAGACUAUGAUGCAUAUUUGUCUUACACCAAAGUGGACCCUGACCAGUGGAGUCAGGAGACCCGGGAAGAGGAGCGCUUUGCCUUGGAGAUCCUCCCUGAUGUUCUGGAGAAACAUUAUGGCUACAAACUCUUCAUCCCAGAUCGAGACCUCAUCCCAUCAGGAACCUACAUAGAGGACGUGGCCCGCUGUGUAGACCAGAGCAAACGCCUCAUCAUAGUUAUGACACCCAACUACGUAGUGCGGCGAGGCUGGAGCAUCUUUGAGCUGGAGACGCGACUGCGCAACAUGCUGGUGACGGGUGAGAUCAAAGUCAUCCUGAUCGAAUGUGCCGAGUUGCGCGGAAUCAUGAACUACCAGGAAGUGGAGGCACUUAAACACACCAUUAAGACCCUUACUGUCAUCAAAUGGCGUGGAACCAAGAGCAACAAGCUCAACUCCAAGUUCUGGAAGCAGCUGCAGUAUGAGAUGCCCUUCAGACGCACGGAGCCCAUGCUCACGCAUGAGGCGGCACUAGACGUCAGCGAGCAGGGCCCAUUUGGAGAGCUGCAGACUGUUUCUGCCAUGUCCAUGGCGGCGGCCACUUCCACGGCCAUGGCCACCGCCCACCCAGAGCUGCGCUCCUCGUUCCACAGCACCUACCACACCACCAUGAGGCAGAAACACUACUACCGCAGUUACGAGUAUGACAUGCCCCCAGGAGGGACCUUGCCACCUCUCUCAUCUCUGGGAAACCAGCACACCUACUGCAACAUCCCACUGACACUGCUGAACGGACAGAGGCCACCCGGGAAGAGCCGAGAGCACAGCCUGGAGGAGGGGCACGCCAACAACGCCAUGCUCCCUCUGCUGCCCAGGGAAACCAGCAUCUCCAGCGUCAUCUGGUAA